CAUUGACAUACAGGAAGUGCAUUUCUAGCCAUAUUUUGACAGCUGAGACAAUUGCUUUGUUUCGAUUGUGGUACUUGAUGACCAUAUGUAACAUGGGUGACGCUGGAAUCCGUAAUGAAUUUUAGUAUAAUUGUAACUGGAAACAGAAGGUGUGUAGCUUUGAUUGGCAUGUGGUUGUCCAUAGAUGGGGGCGUGUCAGACAUGUUGUAAGGCCAAGGACGUGGCUAGAUCUUCACAGUAUGUGGGCGCAAACAACUCAGGCCCGCCUCUGAAAGCCACUGCUGAGCACUCUUUGUCCUAUAAUAGAUCAUCUAGUCACUCACAUUCUUCUGAGCAGGGGUCCCUCACUGCCAGAAACAUUGUAAUAACUGAUAAGAAGAUGUUUAACCCAUACAACAAACUACCCCCUAUAAAGAAGCCUAGUAACGGUGAGAACAAAAGAACAUCUUUCAUUUCUAGGGAAUUUUCAGAGAGCAAAGCAAAUGCCCUGUUUGACUGUUAUAAGGAUCCAGACAGUGACUGCAUCUUAGCUGAGGGGGUUGAGAAGUUCUGUGAAGAUUUGGAGGUCCGUCCUGAUGAAUUUAUCGUGCUGUUAAUAGCCUGGAAGCUAAAUGCAGAGACAAUGUGCAUGUUCACCAGGGAACAGUUUGUGAGCGGAUUGCAGAGUAUGCGUGUGGACUCGAUCAAAGGAAUUCAGUCAAAAUUUCCAGACUUGAUCGCAGAAAUCCAAAAUAAGGAGACAUUUAAGGAGAUGUACAAAUGGACUUACAAAUUCGGCCUUGACCUAGAGUCAGGCCAAAGGACGUUACCGGUUGAGAUGGCAAUGAGCCUAUGGAAACUGGUCUUUUCGCAGCAAGAACCAAAGAUCUUACCACGCUGGCUGAACUUCUUGCAGAAGCACCAGAGUAUACGUGGAAUCUCAAAAGACACGUGGGACAUGUUCUUGAACUUUGUUGAACAGGUGAGUGAAGAUCUUAGCUGCUAUGACGACACGGAGGCGUGGCCAAGUUUGCUGGAUGACUUUGUAGAGUAUGAGAACGACUGUCAGAAUCAGAACAUUGAAACUGACCUUCAUUUUUCCCAGUGAUCUUGUAGUAGUUUUCAUUCUUCAAUUUAAUUAUAAAUCUUCAUGGUUACAUUGUUUUUGUGAGUACAUGUACUUCAUCUUGUUUGUCCAUGAACCACCGUACAAGAAUUUUUUCAGUAAAGUUGUUGUUAUUGCUGUUGUUGUAAUCUUUUGAGGGAUGUGUUUUUAUUGUACAUUUUAAAAUCUUAUCUACAUUUUAAUAUGUUGUUGAUUUCUCUCCUGAUCUGUAAUUGCAUGCACUUUUAGAUGGAUAUUAUUUCAGUAAUAAGAUAUUCGCAAAUUUCUUUUUUUUUGUAUCAUGUACAUGUGAUACUUACUAAGAUUUGAAUUUUUUGUUAGCAUAUGCUAAUAGAACUGCUUUUUAUUUCCAAAUAACAAUUAUCUAUGAAGAUUUGGUAUACAUAAAAAUUAAUAAAAAAAAACACAUUUUUUUUAAAUAUCUUGAGAAUGGACAGCCUAAAUGUUUGCAAGCAUCUGUGGUCUGCCAUAUAAAGUUAUGUGAUUUAAAAUGUUAUUGUUAAAUUACCAUUAACCUAAAAGGUUUACUAUGUAUUGUUCAUGUUCAAAUUGUACAUGCUUCAAAAUCUAUAUUCAGUUAUUUUGGUUUUUAUGUAGGAAUUGAUAAAAUCAAUCAUGUAAUCAUAAGUUGUACAAGUAUUGGAAGGAUUAUUUGUAAUUUUUAGUGAAAUGUAGGGUUUACUUACAUGUAGUUCUGAAUCUGUGCAACAUACAUGUUUUCUGGUUAACAUGUGAAUUGACAGCCUCGUUUUUAUUGAUGGUUGUUAAUGAAAAAAGGUUUGGCCUGAAGGUCUUAUUUUAAAAACAAAAGCGUUUAUAUUCAUGUGAUGCAAAACCACUUUUUUCUGCUCUUUAUUAACUUUUUUGUUUUCCACAGUAUAUGUGUUUCAUUAACUUUACAAUACAAUUAUAGUUCAUUUACAAUGCCAUUCUAUUUAAACUAGGUUGUUCUAGCAUUGUCGAUAUGGUGUCCACCUAGCGACCAGGAAGUAACAGGUUCGAUCCUCAUUGUGGGAGCGUUCUGUAGAUCUUUCAAGACUUGGAACGUGUUAAAAUAAGCCUUAGGCUUCAGAUGCAAUCGAGCGUAAAUAAAUAGGUUUAAACUUAAAUAUUUAAACUAUAUGUACAUGUAUAUUUUAUUUGUAAAAGUGUUUUUGCUUCAUUAUUUUUUAUCCUGUUGUACUUGUUAAAAUGCUAAUGAUUUGGAAAACUAUGAAAUUAGAUUAAUAGAAUUUUGGGCAUUAUAAUAAAUCAACACUUAGAAAGAAACUUUUGGAAUUGUUAGGACAAUAUUAAAGAUGACUACAUGUGUGGUCCAGUUUAUGUAUUUCGCAACAUUUGUCUUAACUAAAUAUUUAAAAGUUAGCAUCGUCCAAUUUUGUGCCAUGCUUUCAUUAGACAUUGAAUGAAUUCUACAAUUCUGAUUGCAGCAUUAUACUAUCAUAAUAUCAUCAUUAUACUAAAAACUCAAGGAAAACUGUACUGGGUGCAGCUAAGAGUCAGACCUUUAUGGUGACAUUCUUGAAUAAAUUUGCUAUAACUCGCUAUCAAUCAUUGUGGCUCAAACGGACAAAUUUGUAUCUAAUCUUGUUGAAAGUUGGUCAGGAUUUUUAUCAUAAAAUUAUCUAGGCCAAGUAUUAAUCUGGGUCAACUGUGUCAAAAAACUAGCUCACAAGGUCAAAUUGUAGAAAAACUUAAUAACCAUUGUAUAGGCCAGAUUUUUUUACUUAAUCUUGAUGAAAUUUGGUCAGAAUGUUUAUCUUGAAAUGAUCUAGAGUUUGAACUUGGGUCUCGUGUGCCCCUUAACUAGAUCACCAGGUCAGAUCUUAGAAAAACCUUCUUACCACUCUAGAAGCCAAAAAUUGGUCUCAUGGUUGAAUGUUAGAAAACCAAUAUAAUUACUCUAGAAGCUACAUUUAUGACUUUAAAAACAUGUUCAGACUGUUUAUCUUGACAAUAUAAAGGCACUGUUUGAAUCUGGGUCAAGUAGGGUAGACAACUAGGUAACCAGAUCAAAUCUUCCACAAUUUGUGUACCUUUGCAGUCAUGUUAGUCCUCCAAGGCACAGCCCUCCUGUUUGUGUGAAGGGGAAACAGGUGGUGUGGUGGGGAGCAAAAUGAAGCACUCCAUUGGUUGCAGCACCCUGCUAUCUCACUCUAGAUUAUUCCCUACAUUGUAUUUGUUACAUAUGUUUUGAUCCAGAGUAUGUAAUGUAUUACCGGUAGUCUGCAAUAAUGGAUUACCAGUAUGUUUGCUUUGAGCAAGAAGGCAUUGGUAUCCAGUGUUGUAUUAGAUUACGUGAGUGGCAUCUUGUUGAUAUUGAAGGUAUUUCCAAUCGUAUGUGUUUAAUUAUGAAUUGACAGGUGAGAGUGAUCCAUGAGAGAGAUAGUUGUGUGUGGGCUGGAAUAUUGAAUCUCAACUAUUGUCUUCAUUUAUAAUGAAUGAAUGAAUGAUCCAUUGGCUGCAUUCAGAAGUACAUGUUAGCAUACAUUUAUGGUUCUUAUAUUUUGUAGAUUUUGAGUUUUGCCAACAGUUUAUUAUUUUUUGCAUCAAAGAAUUGUAUUUAUUUCAAUUUUAAGUUAAUUACAAAGCCUUGCAUGAACGAUUCCACUAGACAUAAAUAAUUUAUGUAAUUAAAUAUCAUUUUGAAUAAAUGAUUCAUCCAUAUUGACAAAGUGUCACCAGAUUGAAAGUUUGCUGUACCUUGGCUUGGAAUUUAUUCUCGGACACUUCAAUUUCAUUUUUAAGUUUCUAUGUUUCAUAAUUAUUUGGCCUACUGCACUACAACUAUUGAAAUGCAAAAUAUGUGAAUAAUACUACAGUGCUGUGUUUAGUAGUUAUUUGUUUUUUUUAUAAUAGUGAAGGUUACAUGUAUUUUUAUAUUAAAAUAAGAAAGACUUAUAGAUUUAAAUGCUGUUGAACAAAGUCAUAGCUAUUGAUUUUGUUUGAAAUCAGUUUAAAUCUACUUCAUACAAUAUUUAGAUGUGUAAAACACAGAUAUUUCUAAUUGAAUUGACAAUCCCUAGUUUAAUGGACAAUCUGUCACGGAUUCGUCAAAGCUGAAUAUGAAGUUCUUGGCUUUAAAUGUAUUUUACCAUAAUGUGUAUCAUCCAUCACAUUUCUUCUUGUUUGUAAAUGCAAACUGUAAACUCGUACGUAUUUAUUUGCCUUGUACUAGAAAUACAUGUGUAUACACGCACACAAACGGUGAGCAAACAGAAGUUGCAGAUUUCAUGUAUUCUUUCUGUGCAAUAAUAAGCUUGAUGUGAUUAGUCGAAGGGAGGGGUCCCAUGGUAGGAAGUAUCGAUACAGAGAGUUUAGAUGUAUAUGUACGGUAAUGCCCUCAAGACUGUUGUGUGGCUGAACACAUUGUUACAUACAAUAAAAACAAGACUCCAUACAUGACUUUUUUAUAAUAAGUGUCUCAUCUUUGAGAUACACUGUUUGUAAGUAUAUGUUUUGCAAAGAUAUUAUUAGGUUUUUAUGUUCAUUUCUGCUUAAAUAAUAUUUAAAUUUCAUUUUACCGCCAACAUUUUUGUUAACAAUUACACUAACUGGUUGUUAUUUAUUUCCAAAAUCUGUAUUCAUAGCCUCAUGCACAAGUAUUUCAAUAAUUUAUUAUAGGAAGUGAUAGAGCGAAAUUAAUUAUACAAUCCAUAUUGUAUGAUUUUAACAGGCAUACUCGGAUUUGAUAAGCGCUAUAUGAGACCAGCAGCAUAAUAUGUUCAUAUAACAAACAUGAAUAAUAUCUAGUCCACCUUUACAUAUAUGUGUUUACUUUUUUUAGCUGGCCACAGCCUAAUGAUGCAGUUAAAGAUAAAUGAUGUAUUUGUUCUAUUUGUGAAGUAUCAGUAGGAUGUCCUAAUUGUUCUCUGUGUUAUAUGAUAUUGUAUUUUUAAAAUGAGUCACGCUCUAAGACAACAUGGCUUAAUGCAUGUGCUUAAAGUGUCCUCCCUUAUUAGCCUGUGCAGUCCGCAGAGGCUAAUCUCAAUCAGUGCGGACUUAUUAAACUUUUAUGGAUUUUUUGUGUGAAAAGAAAGUCUUCUUUAUCAAAAUCUUGUCAAGGCUGUAAUGUCCUAGAUUGGCUUGUGUGAACUGAAGACAAAUCUUGGAUGAUACUUUACCCUUUCCCACUCAGAAGCAAAGUGAAAAUGGCUUUUGAAAUCAUCAUAAAACCAGAACACACUGGGAGUAACUUUCAGUCUGUUCAGGUUUUAUGCUGUUUGCUGCUCAUCAGUAUCUAAGGGCUGGAAAUGAAGCCUUUAAAACUUGAAUAUAGUAAGAAGUUUUUAUUAAAUUUAACUUUCUAAGUGACUACAAAUGCAUCAAAAUACGUUUCUAAGUAGUAACGGGUAAUGCACAUGCAUUUAGUCUGGUUUUCCCUGAGGGCUGCUCAAAUUGUUUUGUAUCUUGGUGUUAUUAAAAUUUCUUCUCAUGUUUUAUUGAUGUGUAGAAAGUAAUUAUUAAGAUUACUUAACUUGCUUUCAGGUAUCUCUGAUUCUGCAAUAUACAUGACUAUGUCUAAAACAAUUUAUUAUACUUAGUUUUUUCCUUGUCCAUUAAGCUCAUACAAUCUGCUCUUGAUAAAAUAAAAUUUAUCAGUUGGUCAUUUUAUAUAAUUUCUUUAUCAUUCUGGUCAUAACAUAAAUACAAUGUAUAAUACAAUGAAAGCUAUUAGGUUCAGAAUAGUUUUAUAUUAUACAUGUAGAUGAGGGAGUUUCACAUAACACGUGUUUAAUAAUCCAGGAUUGUUUUUCUCAAGUUAAGAGACGUCAUGACAUGUUUGGGAUAAGGUUCAACUUUUGUGGAUAUUAUUGUGUCAUGUCUCCUUAAAGCUUUUAUAUUAUGUACCUGUCAUUAUGUAUGUGUUGCUUCUAAAUACAUUGGUUACCAUAAAUAAAAUGUCAAUAUUAA